UUGUUGCGAUAGGUGCUCUGAUCCGGGAUCACUCUGGAGUGGUUUUGGCAUGUAUGGCUAAAAAAAUUCCAGAGAAUUGUGAUCGCCAUGGACAAGUACAAGGAUUGCGAUUCUGGGGAUACCACUCUAUCUUUGGCCUCCAAGAAACUGAAGCACACUCAGGUUGCUUCGGUCAGUCAUCCCAGGAAUUCUUCGAGCUUGGCAAGAUCUACUGAUGGUGCUGAUCCCCUCAAGAGUACUAGUACAUCUGAUUCAAUGGAGUUGAUGAAUAUAGAUGGUUCUAGUCCUGAUUUGUCAUACAAUGAUGAUGGAGAUCGUGAUGAUGGUGAUAAUGAUGCCGAUGAUCUAGAUUAUGGUUCUGAUUAUGAUGAUCAAGAUAUUUACGAGGAUUAUGAGGAUUUUUCGUAUGUUGAUGAAUGUUCGCUAUUGGAAUCUCAAUUUGACAAUGUGAAUUUGUCUCCUGGGGUGGAAGCAUCAGUUCCCUGGCUGAGUGGCUCUUCUUCAGGUAAAAGCAUACCGGAAACAACGACGUUAGCUACUUCAGAUGUACCUGAAACUGAAAAGAAGGAAAUUGCUGCAAGCAGUUUAACAGUUCAUGCUGAGUCAAGUUCUAAUGAUAAGGUUGAAGGUGAAAACAAUGAUUCAACCGUGGAGGUAUCUCAAUUUAAGAACUUUGAUGUGGUGGAUGAUUUCACAGACCAUCAUUAUGCCCAAUUGGGAUUUUCAGACACGAAGCCACCCAAGAACUGGGCAAAAAAAGUUCAGGAGGAGUGGAAAAUCCUGGAGAAUGACUUACCGGAUACGAUAUUUGUUAGAGUUUGUGAAGCAAGGAUGGAACUUUUGAGGGCGGUUAUUGUAGGACCUUCAGGCACUCCAUACCAUGAUGGUCUUUUUGUCUUUGAUUGUCUCUUUCCUACCAACUAUCCCAGGUCACCUCCAACUGUGUACUACUAUUCUGGGGGUCUCCGACUAAACCCAAAUCUGUAUAACUGCGGUAAAGUAUGUCUCAGUCUUUUGGGAACAUGGACCGGUAAAAAGGAUGAGAAUUGGGUCCCAGGGAAGUCAACUAUGCUGCAAGUUUUGGUCUCCAUACAAGCACUCAUUCUAAAUUCAAGACCUUUUUUCAAUGAGCCUGGGCAUGAAACAAUUACUGGAGAACUAGGGCAGGCACAAUCUAAAAAAUACAAUGAGGAAGUCUUUAUUCUAUCUUUGAAGACGAUGAUCUAUACAUUAAGGAGGCCUCCAAAGCAUUUCGAGGAAUUAGUUGCUCAACAUUUUCGAUGUCGAGCACACGAUAUUCUAUUAGCUUGUAAAGCUUACAUGGAGGGUGCGUUGGUUGGAUCCAAUAUCAAAGAUAGAGUGAAUAACCAAGAUGAUCAAAAUAGUGGCUCCAGGGAAUUCAAGUCUGCUGUUGCUGAUAUGAUGAAUAUGCUUGUCCCCAGUUUCUCGCGUAAUGGAACGCUGGGGUGCGAGGAAUCUCGACUUCCAACCAAAAAUUAAUUCGGCAAACUCGCCCCUUCAUAAGGCGUAGACGCAUAGGCUUGUAAGAAGCAAUUUUUUGUAAUAUUUUAGAUAUAUAUAUAUAUAUAUAUAUGUAUGUAUGUGUGUCUGUGUGUGUGUGUACUUUGGAGACUGGCGUUAAGGUUAAAGUAAAUAUAUAGUAGAAUGACCUCAA